GUUGGCGGUUGCAAACACUGCAGUUUCUGGCGAUUCGGGACUAUAGAGAGUGGUGUGUGUAUGUGAACUAGUGAAGAAAUUGGUUAUGUAUUUGUCUAUAAUUUCCUAAAAUUGGAAAAGUUAUCAUUUUACAUACUAAAGACACGCAAUUCAUAAAGAUCAUACUCUCUAUAAAGCAAAUAACAUUAAAUGGCUGAUUUUCUUCCUUAUAAGGCAGAAUAUGCCAAAAGUGACCGCAGUAGUUGUAAAGCAUGCAAAGCUAAAAUAAACAAAGAUACCUUAAGGAUUGCUGCAGUGGUUCAGUCACCUUCAUUUGAUGGGGUUAUACCAAAAUGGUAUCAUUACAUAUGCUUUUUUGCAAAGCAAAAACCUAAAGCUGUGGGGGACAUUGAGAACUUUGAAAACCUAAGCUGGGAUGACCAAGAGAAAAUUAGAGAGAAAGUUGCAAGUAUCGCCAGUGGAGCGGAGGUGGAGGCGGUCAAUGGCAAGGGCAAAAAGGCCACUAAACGGGGAGCUGGCGGGGCCAAGAAGGGGGGCGGGGGCAACAAGCAGUUCAAAUGUGAGUUGGCCAAGUCCAGUCGGUCUACUUGCCGUGGUUGCCACGAGACCAUCAUGAAGGGAGAGCUGAGGGUGGCGAAGAUGGACUUUGAGAGUGACGAGGGCAGGAGGUAUGGUGGAGUGCCACUGUGGCACCACACCGACUGUUUCGUUAAACUGAGAUCGGACCUGAGUUUCUGGGAGUGUGGCUCCAACAUUGACGGCUACAGCAGCCUCGACAGUGACAACCAACAGAAGCUGAAGUCCUCUCUGCCACCGAUGAAACCCUGUGAGGGAGGAGAUGAGGCGGACGGGGCUUCUGCUCCCAAAAAGAUAAAGGCAGAACCUCAGAGUGAUGCUGACAAGGAGAAGAUGAAGAAACAAGUGCAGACGUUACUGAAGUACACCAACUUCCUCAAAACACUGACACGUCCACAGAUAGCUGAAAUAAUGGAAGAGAACAAGGAACAAGUGAUGACACAGUCUAAUAAUAUAGAGCGUAUAACUGAUGCGAUGGCGUUCGGCUGGCCCCGGGACUGCAAGAAGUGCAAAUCUGGGAAGUUGGAGUGGAAGAGUCUGGAGGGAGGCUACAAGUGCAACGGAAACCUGACAGAGUGGGUGCAGUGUGACAAUGUUGACGUCAACCCCAAGCGCCGACCUUUCGUCAUUCCCGACUCGUUGGCGGAAGAGUUCGCUUCCAUAAAGUUCAAGCCAAAGACAGGGACCAGGUUAAUUAGAACAGAGGAGAGAUCAAUAGUCCUCAAUCCUGGCCCAUCGACCUCAUCAGAGUAAGUAUCUUCUUAUCAUGCAUUCUU